GUAUAACUGUUUCUAUCAUGAUCUUGAUCCUCCUAUUUCUCACUGCAAUUACAGUUAUUACUGUACGGCUAUAUCGAAAAGUUCUUCGCUUCCCACCAGGACCAUUUCCUCUGCCGCUAAUCGGAAAUGCACACCAAAUAGCUUAUCAGGCAUGGAGGAGAGGUGGUAUACUUCCAGCGCUGGAUUAUUAUAGAAAGAAAUACGGAAAUGCUUACACACUCUGGCUGGGUCCGAAGGCGUCUGUGAGCAUUACGGAUUUUGAAACAUCCCAAGAAGUGUUCGUAAAGCAGGGAAAAAAAUGUUAUAAUCGACAGUUGGCACCGAUUCUGGAACAUGUGACAGGAGGUGUUGGACUUCUAAUUGCAAAUGGAGAAAACUGGGCUGAAAUGCGGAGGUUUACUCUCUUGACUUUUCGACAAAUGGGGGUGGGCACAAAUAUUAUGGAAAAAAGAAUUAUGGAUGAGCUCAACGGAAGAUGCUUGGAAAUAGACGCACAAAUUGCAAGAAACGACCGAGCCAUUGUUGAUGUCAAAUUCUUCGACCUUACCGUUGGCAGUGUCAUAAAUAGUUUUCUUAUUGGGAAGCGAUUUGAAGAUGAGGAAGAAUUUCUAAAAAUAAAAAAGUUAUUUGAUGAAUCUUCUGAAACAUUCAAUAUUUUUGACUUGAAUGUUCCUGUUUGGUUCUUAAAAACUUUUCUGCCGUCAAGAUUCAAAUUGACAUGGGAUUCAAGGCAUCAAAUCAUGGAUCACGUGAUGAAGGGUGUGGAGGAACGGAUUAGAGAUAUUGAAUCAGGAGCAUAUAAAAUUGACCCUAAAAAGCCAAAUGAUGUUGUCGAUGCAUUCUUGUCAAAAAUGAAAAAGGAAGAAGAGAUUGCUGGUGGCCAACAUCCAUAUUACAAUCUAAAAUCCCUGAAACUUGUGCUUCAUGAUUUGUGGCUAGCUGGACAAGGAACCACUGCCACAACAUUGUACGUGGGAUUCAUGAAACUUGUGAAUCACCCUGGAAUUAUACAAAAUAUUCAAAAGGAGCUCCUCGACAUCACUGAAAAUGGAGCAAGAGAUUUGACUCUAAAAGAUAGACCGAACACACCAUAUUUGAAUGCGACGAUUGCAGAAAUUCAGAGACACGCUUCGAUUUUAAAUGUAAAUUUCUGGAGGAUCAAUCACGAGACUAUACAUUUUAAUGACUAUCAAGUGGAUCCGGGAACAAUGAUCGCCGCACAAGUUGGAGUCCUUCAUGUCAACGAGGAACUGUUUGAUAAUCCAAAGGAUUUUAAUGUAGAAAAGUACUUGAAAAACCCGAAGCUUCUGCAGCAAGUGAUCCCAUUCGGAAUUGGCAAGAGGUCCUGCGUCGGGGAGCAGAUUGCAAAAUCGGAACUUUACCUGGUUUUCGGGAACAUCCUUCUCCGUUACAAUGUUAAAAAACAUGGUUCAACUCCAACCAACGAAGACGUGUACCCAUAUAGUUCUGCAAAACUUCCGGAUGUGUCUGGAAAAUUGGAAUUCGUGAAGUUAUAAUUUCAGCCAUGUUUGUACAAAUAUAUUUUGAUUCUUAAAUAAAAAAUUAUCAAUGUGUA